ACACAAAUAACUUCCAAAACAUUAUGGUCUUAACUGUCAACAGCAAAUGUUAAUGGAGUGUUUGAAUUGUGCCUGAUUGUUUAAUCCUUUCAUAUAAUCUUGUGCACAGACUUUUUAAACAUAUCUCAAUGAGAAUAUAGACUUUGGAUUAAUUAAAUAAUGCACUGAAUUUUAGUUUUUCUAAUAUUUUGCCCUAAAUUGUCCAAGUUUUCAAUGGGAUUCUGCUGGUGUUGUCACCAUCUACCAGUUGUUUCUCAUUUCACUGUCAAAUAUCAAAAAGUCAGACGUGCAUGUGUGCGUUUCUAAAGAGCACAUCAUGUGCUGGGGAGGAGUUGAGCUGAGGUGGGGGUAAGUGAGGGGAGCAUUUAGCUCACUUUUCCACUGUGUGAGCUGUCAUUCUCCCCACACGCAGCUGUGGAAAUGAGAUAAAACUGAGCUGCCACUUUAGGAAGCUCUCACUCACUCACUCACUCACUUGUGCUGCCAGAAACCUCUGAAGCCAAAAGUAAAAACGUUUGGUGACUCGUCAUUGUGCUGGAUGGCAUCUGUUUUCUGCAAGCAAAGGGGAGAGCAAAAGGUGGAGGGAGCACAUGUUUGCAGUUUGUGGAUUUUUUAAGCUUUUUUGUUUUGACUGACAGACUAUUUUUGCAUUGUCUCUCAAACGUCACCUUUUGCUGAAGAAGACUACACUGAACUUCAACUCUGAAGACUGGCACACCUCCGAGGAGACUAUGAACGUGCUGUCAAACCCAGUGAUCAGGGCCCAGGAGCAGUCUCUACCUCUCUGUGGCCCCGGGUCUGUCCAGGACUUACCUCACUGCCCUCCAGGGUUCAACCUGAGCUCUCGCCUCCACCCUGCACCAAUGCUCGGCCUCCAGAGCGGCCAAAGAUCGACCAAACCUCAGAGGGAGCUGAGCCCUGAGGAGCAGCAGGAGCUCAGGAGGAAGAUCAACAGCAGAGAGAGGAAGCGGAUGCAGGACUUGAACAUUGCCAUGGAUGCCCUGAGGGAGGUCAUGGUGCCUUACGCCUCCUCACCUUCUUCCGCCUCCUCCUCUCAGUCCCACCAGCCUGGAGCUCCUCCGGGCCGCCGGCUCUCAAAGAUCUCCACCCUGGUCCUGGCCAGGAACUACAUCCUCCUCCUGGGUUCGUCUCUGCAGGAGAUGCGGCGGCUGCUGGGGGAGGUGAGCAUCGGGAUGGGGGUGAACACAGGGCCGGUCCCUCGGCUGCUGCUCACUGGAGGGUGGCCCCUCAUCUCCGGCCCCGGUCAGCUCCUCCUCACCCAGGAAUCCCUCCUCACCUCAGCAGCCUCCUCCUCCUCAUCCUCUUCCUCCUCCACUUCAUCAUCUUCUGCAGCUAAAUGUCCCCUGCUGUCUCCGGGCCCCAUGGAGGCCUCGCUCGCCCCAGUGCAGUGGAGCUCUGCAGGGGCCUCAGGCGGGCCCCUGUGCCCCUGUGGAGUCUGCAGACUGCCCAGAUUCAGCCAUUCCACUCCGGUUCCCAGAUUCCCAAAGUGACACCUUGAAGUCGAAGAAGAAGAAUGGACUUGAUGACUGUUACAUGUAUGAAACAUUUUUUAUAUGAAUUGUUAUUUUUCUAACAUUUUUAACAUGUUUAUAUUAUUUUACUACACUAUAUACUCACAAUUACCCUUGAUCUUCUAAACAUAUACACAACUAUUCUGUAUUUGACAAGACAGGCUCUUUAAAUCUAAUAAUGCUCAUUUUGUUUCCGAGUUGCAAUACAUUUUAUCACAUUUCUUAUGUCACAAACAGAGAAAUAAUGAACUACUUUGGAGUUUGUUGCAUAUUAAAUGUACACUAAUGGCUGUGUGCACGGUGCAUAUGACUGCAGUGUUGUACUGUAGCUUGCUGGCUGAAAGUUGGUGACAAUUUUAGGGCCCGGUGCUGGAGAGGGUCCGAAUAAAGGGCUUUUGUGAAAUAAAAAUAUUGCCAGUUGAAGGCUCUGAAAA